AUGUUCAAAAAAGUCUUAAGGAUAUAUUUAAGCAUUAUAUUGUAAAUUUAAAUAUUAUCAUAAGGGUGAAAUUAGUUUAUUGCUCUUGUGAGGUAUUCAAAACAAUUACUACUCCAAAUACAGGAUAAAGAUUAAUUGAAUAAGAUUUAUCAUCCCUUGUUACUUUAGAUUUUGCUUGGGGUGUAUGGACAAAAUAUUCUAAAUUUUAUGUUUCGGUUGAUGAUCUUUCCUUGCCAAUCUAAAUUAUGCAUGUUCUCACAGAAAAAAAGUAAGAUAUUACAUAUUUGGUUUAUUACAUAAUUUUAAAUUAAGAAGAGAAAUCAUUCACUCAUUGUCUUUACUUAUUUCAUGGAGGAACUUAUCAAAUAAGAUAAUUAAAGAUAGAUUAUUCAAUUGCAAUGGAAAGUUGGGUUUUUUUUUAUUUUUGUUACUAAGAAUCAUCUUCUAAUUAUAACAAUUUCUUAUAUAUAUAAAAGGAUGACGUAAAUGUAUAAAUGAUAGAAGGAGGGCCUUAUAUUUUAGAAAUAACAGAUUAUAAAGAGUAUUUUCUUGGUGGAUCAUCAAUAGUAAGCAUGUUACUAAAAUUAGUUUACUCCUGCUUUUGAUUCUAAAUAAUAGUUAUUGAAAGAGUUUUCUGGAUAAAUUAGUAGCAUGGAUUUAAGAGAAGGUUCAAGUUACUAUUAUGCUGACAUUCCAACAUUCCUAUAAAACAUAGAGUUAGAUUGCCAAGCAGAAGUAUGUGAAAAUAUUGUUGAUAUACUCAUAACAUCAUAUAUGAAAAGUGCGACUAUUUUAAGUUAGCCUAUAGCCUAUAUUAAUAGUAAAUUUAUGUUGUCUGGAUGGGUAAUAUUAAAAGAGGUGGCUGGAGUAAUUUAAUCAUUAUAUUUAGUUAUAAACUCUAGAAAGUGUGUUGUUUAGAGCAAGUUUGAGAUAUUCAUACUUUCAAGAUAAAUAUCAAGGAGAUAAAGCAAUAUAUUGGAAGUAUAUUUAAAGUUCCCUUAAUGAAAAUUUAAAUGGAUUUUAGGUAACUACUUAUCACAACAAUGAAUCUGAAAGUUUUAAUUCUUAUCAAACUUAAGAAAGUGAUUCUUGGCUAUAAUUAAACUCAUUUUAUUAUGAAGCAUUAACAUUUUGGCAUUGGUUCGUAUAUCAAGAGGGAGUAGAUGAAGUCAAUAAUAUCAGACUAUCAAUUUACUUUGGCUAUGGAAAACAAGAAUAAAUAUUCACAAUGAAUUAAUAACAUCAGGAGAAUGCCAAAUUAUAUUUUAAUAUUGGAGGGGACAAUUACAAUAAGAAUUUCAACGGAGCAAUUCGUGAUUUAACUUUUAGGUAUUGUUAUAAUGAUGAUACUCCUAUUCCCAAAAGUAUUUAAUUUAAUUAUUAAUAGCUUGUCAUAUAUCUUGUAAAGCAUGUUUUGGUCCACUAGAAAGUCAUUGUUUAACUUGUGAGGAUGUUUCAACAUCUAAAAGAGAAUUAUAAAAGUCACAAUGUUUAUGUUAUGAAGGAUUUGUGGAUGACGGAAAUCAAAAUUGUAAACGUAUUAAAUUUCACAUAAUAUUAGCUAGGGGAAAUAUUCUCAAAAAUAUUAAUAUAUAAGAAGCCAUAAUUUAAGAACAUUUAGGAUGCCAAAGGUAUUAAUUUAAAGUAAUAAUAAAUGGAAAUUCAUAUUGUUUGGAUUGUCCUGGAGCAAUAACUCUAUUUGGAAUAUAUUGUAUAGAUUGUAUUUAGAAUCCAAAUUCAUGGUAUUUAAAUCCAAGAUGCACAACAGAUUAUCUAAUGCCAUUUUCUAAUGAUACAAAUUAUGUGUUUUUGAAAAGAGAUAGAAAAAUAAAAGAUUUUGAAUACUAUUUAAUCAAUUAGUUGAAUAUCACAUAAUAGCCAGUCCUUGAAUCAUGCUUUGGAUGCUUAGAAUAAACUGAAAGUUCUUUCAAUUUUAUUGAAAAAUAUACUUUAAAUAAAAUCUAAAAGUUUUUAUGCAAGAGUUGUUAUUAAUCAAUUAAUGGAGAAUGCGUUAAAGUAAAUAAGAAUUGUAAUGAAUGCGAUAACUAUCAUUAAUGUAUAAGUUGCGAAUUAAAUUACACUCUAUAUGAUAAUAGAUGUUUAGAAUGUCCCUUAGAAUGUCCCAAUUGUAAAUACAAUUAAACUGGUUAUUAUUGUAGAGAGUGUAUUACCGGUUAUUAUUUUAAUUAAACACUUGAAUAAUGUCAGUAAUGUGGCUAAUUUUGUAAAGUUUGUAUUUACUCUUCUGCUUUGAAUAACUUGUAAUGCUUGAGAUGCAUUCAUGAUUAGGAUUAUUUUAUCUCUGCAGAGAAAUUAAAUUGCAAAACAAAAACUUUACCUAACUGUGAGAUUGAAGUAUCAGAACAUUAUCUUGUUUAUUUUAAUUAAACUUUAAUGUUAUAAGCUUAAUAAUAUAGUAAUUCUCUAGAUAUAGUUACUUUCAUGGAAACUAUUCCAGCAUUUUAGGUUUGUCUAAAGUGCGAAAAUGGAUAUAUCAAUAAAAUGUUUGUUUAAUAGUAUUAUGAAUGUGCAACAGUAGAAUCUUAAGGGAACUUUUUACCAGAAGAAUUAAAGCUUAAAGUUCUAGAAUCCAAAAAUAACGAUUUUCAAUUAGCUUUAUAUAGUUUACCACAAAAUCCUUAACCAAAAUUUUCUAUCAUAUAUGGAGAUCGUGUUAAUUCUUACUCUAGUAUUACUACAAUUUCAAAUCCCAUUACUGGAGUAUUUUGUAAAGAUCCUAAUUGUAUGGUUUGUGUAAAUAACUACAUUCAAGAAUAAUAAUAUUGUAUGUAAUGUUUUAAUGGAUUCUAUUCUAAUACUUUUUUAGGAAAAUGUUAUUAAUGUCCAUCAACUUGUUCUUCAUGUAUUGAAUAAAACAAAAUUUAUUAAGAUGGUUGGAAAUGGCAAUAUAAAAUUAAUUAUCAUUUUAGAAGUUAUUUAUUAGAUGGUUAACAUAAUUUCAAUGCUUUUGGAACUAAAUUAGAUCUAGAAAAUUUAGAGGUCAUAUGCACAGCUUGUCCAUAAAAUGGUAUACUUUAUAAUAAUAAAUGCUAUCCAAAAUGCAAUUGUGAUUCCUGCAUUAUAGAAAAUGAUUAAUCAGUAUGCAUUAGUUGUAAUAGUCUAAACACAAAAACAGUUUAUCAUGGAUAAUGUCAUCUUUGCCCUCAAUUUUGUGAAUUAUGUAGAGAAAUUACUGAAGAAGAAAAGCUUAAAAUUAAUCCUUAUUUCUAACCAGAUGAUAUUACACUAUAAAAAUAUGCAUAGUAAUGUAUAAAACGUUAAUCUGAACCUCCAACAUCAGGAAUAUUGUACUAUGAUCAUACUUUGGGUUACGAAAUUAAUUGUCUAAACUCUGAAAAGAAAGAUUGUUAUCUUUACCUUGAAAUUCCAAUUAAUUUGUACUGCUCUGAAUAAACUUUUAAUAAUCAUUUUAAUAGAUUAGAAACCUCAGAAGAAUAAGAUGACUUUUUAAGCAAAAAUGCUCUUAUUUCUAGAAUUUUUUCAACAGUUAAUAUCAACCAUUUCUCUGUAGAAACUAAUUAUCUAUUUAAUGAAUUAAAUUAAAAAAGUGUGAAAUUAGUGAGAUAUAUCCUAAAUUUAUAACCAAAUACUGGUGAUUGUGUAAUCAAAUAAAAUACAUUUAUUAAAUCUGAAAUCCGUCGAAAUGUCUUCACAGUAUAAUAUUUAGAACUAAUUUUAUAAUCUCCUAGUGGAAUGUAGAUUUAUUUAGAGGACAAUAUUACUUUUUAUGAAUUCACUGCAAUCAAUUUAAAAAAUCUUUAGAUUAUUCCAAAUAGUAAUACUACAUAAUUGAAUAUUAAAAAUUUAUAUAGUAUAUCUAUAUUGUUAGAAAAGAUUUAAAUAAAGAAUAUCAAUUAAAAUUAAUUUAAAAUAACAAUCUAAAAUCCAAAUAAUAUAAAAAUGAAGGAUUUUUAAAUUUUAGAUUCUAAAUUAGAUAAUCUUAACGGAAUCAUUAAUUAUUACUUUACUCAAAAUUUAACAAAGACUUUAGUAUUUCAAAUUGAUUAAUUUCUAAUAUCAAACUGUUAUAUAAAUAAUUCAAAAUUAAUAAUUUAAACUUUGGAUACAGGAUACAGUAAUCAACUACUUAAAGUCAAUAAUUUUAAGUCAUUAAACAAUAAAUAUAUAUCAUCAAUUGCUUUCUACACUUAAUUUAAUAAUUCAAAUAGAGAAUCCAUAUUCAAUAUUGAAUAAUUUAAUUCUGAACAUGAUGAAUUAACUAAUUCAAGUCUAUUUAAUAUACCUGGAGUAUUAAAUGUUGAAUUAAUAAACAUUAUAGUUUCUAAUGGUAAAUUCAAUUCUCAUGUCUAAUUAUUUAAAUUACCUCUAUUCUCUAUUGAUAACAUGUUAAUAUCAAACAAUAACUUCAAUAGUCCUGAUAAUAUUGUAAUAACAAAUAAAGUAGAUGCAUUAUACAAAGAUAACAUCAAAUCAAAUAACGUUUCAUUAAAUUCAAUAAUAUUUGACAAUAAUAAUUAUAUUGGAAGCAAAGUGUUCUUAGAAUUACAGCAAAGCGAUCAAUUUUUUGAUUUAAAAGUUAAUAUUAAUGGAUUAAAAUUACAUUCUAAUAAAUUUACUUAAAGAAAUUACAAAGGUUCAGUAAAUUCAGCCAAUUCUUCUCUUUAUUUUGAUGUAAAGGAAAUUUAUAUGGAAAAUGUUAAUAUUAUUAGAACAUUCACUCUUCCAGAGAUAUCUAUUGUUAAUGUUGAUAAAAUAGUGUUUAAUAAUAUAAGAGCUACAUUAGAUUAUGAAUUCAAAAUUAAAUUGUUUCAUUAAUUCGUUUCUUGUCUAUAAUAAAACUAAGAUAUUGGGUAUGGUAGUAUGAUCUAGUUAUAUAAUGUUAAAUUAAUUUAAAUUGAUAAACUUGAAAUUACAGGUUUAAUAAUAAUUAAUUUACCUAUUAUAACAUUAAAAUCAUUGGAAAGAACAAAUUUUAGACAAUCAGAGAAAAUAGAAAUGAAAUACCUUAAUUUGACAAACAAUACAAUUAUUCUUAAUAAAUUGUCUGAACAACCUUGUGUUAUUAGCAUAAUAUCUGAAUAAGAAUAAUAAAUUGAUUUAUAAGAUAUUUAUACCUUUAAUAAUCAUCAUCAUACUUAUUAAGAAGAUUAACUAUUCAAGCAAUCAUCAACUAUUUAUAUAAAUAGUCCUAAUUCUAAAAUUAUAUUAAUUAAAUCUAUAUUUGAAAAUAAUAUUAUCACUAAUAAUUAAGGAUCUAAUCUUGUAUUUAAAUGUGGAAAUCUCUAGAUGGAGGAUUGUUAUUUUAAUUCUUAAAAUGAUUUAUAAUAUUAAUAUUUAAAAGAUCGGUUAAUUUGGGGAUAUUAAUAAAAUGAAAUAAUUUUUAUUGAGAAUUUGCAUUCAAUUUUUCCUAUUAAAUCAAAGGGUGGAAAUGCUUUUUGUUAAGCAGAUUAAAUAAUUGUAAGAAAUGUUUCAAGUUAGAAUUCAUUUGCUUAAUAAGGAGGAUCAUUUUAUUUUAGUACUUAAUCAAAUGGGAUAAUUGAAGUUUUAAAUUGUAAUUUCAACUUCAGCCAAACAAAUUUAUUAAUGACUGAGAAAUCAAAAGGUGGAACAUUAUUUAUUGAUGCUUUUCAAUCAGAUUUAAAUUUAUUAAUAUCUGACAAUCUAUUUUCCUAAAGUUAUAGUAGAUAAGAAGGAGGAACACUCUUUUUAGAGCCUUCUAGAAAUAAAAAUUAAAUAAUAAUUUAAAGAAAUGUAAUUUAAAAUGUUUAUUCAUUGAAAACUGCUUUCUUUAAACUUCCUAUAAUAUUUACAAGCAACUCUUUAUUUUUGAAUGUUGAAAUUUCUGAUUUGCUAAUUUAAAAUACUUAUCAAGGUUUUUUAUCAUAUUUAGGUAGAAUUAAUGAAUUAAGUGAAUCAGAAGUUAAAUUAUAAAAUAAAAAUUAUUUAAUUUCUAUAGAAAGAGGUAAUAUUACUAUAAGAAAUUGCAACUUUAUUAAUUUAUUUGAUUAUGGGGUUAUGGAAAUAAUGAAUGCAGAAUCAAUUACACUUAAAAAUAUAGAAAUAUAAAAUUUAACAUUGAUUAGUGGAAGCACACUUAAUAUAUAACUUAAUAAAAGUAUAUAAUUAUAUAUUUUUAGAAUAUAUGACUAAUGUGUAAAUAGGUAAUGUUUAGUUAAUUUCCAUCAAAGAAAUAAUUGGAGAUGUCUCAAAACCAAUUUAGACAUAUCCUUCUAUUUCUUCAUCCUUUUAUAAAUGUUUGAAAAUAUAUUCUUAGCCAGAAUAGCUAUAAGUGUUCUAUGAUUAGUAGAAUCAAUAUAUUAUUAGUCUAUACAAUUUUUAUACCUUAAUAACCAAAAGAACAAAUCCUGGGUUUAUUUUUUAAGUUGAUUCUAUCUCCUCAAAACAUUAAAUUUAAAUAGAAUAUCUAAUUUUUUAGAAUAUUAUAUGCUAAAACUGCAAAGAAGGAAUAUUAAAAUUUAUAAAUAUAGAAGAAUAAAUAAAUUAAAAUUUGAUCAAUCUAAAUUCUAUAAAAAUGGAAGAUAAUCUAUGUGGCCUUUUGAGUUGUUUGGUCUUAUCUUCAAAAGAAAUAACUAAUUUAAAAUAAUAUUCAGAAGUCAAAUCAAAUAGAUUAUUAAAUUAAAUUUAAACUUAUUAUGAAACUAAAAUUAUGAAUGUAAGACUUGAAUAUAGUUACUUUAAAAAUAAUAGUGGAACAUAUGGAGGUGCAGCUUAUAUCUCUUCAAUUACUAUGAUUAUAAACUCAUGUUAAUUUAUAAUGAAUAAUGGAAGAGAAACAGGAGGAGCCAUUUAUUUCGACUAUCAUGAAAAAUCUCUUUUUUUAAUUUAUGAUACCUUGUUUUUAAAAAAUUAAGCAAAGGUAGGAGGAGCUAUGUUUAUAGAAAAUUAUGCAAUUCCAGAUAAAGAUAAAACAAAUAUAAUAUACUCAAAUAACAAAGCAUCUCUAUUUAGUGAUAAUGUAGCUGGUUUCCCUGUUAAAUUAACUUUGAAAAUUGGUUCAAAUUUAUUAAAUACAAAAACCAUAUAGAGUAAUCAAAACUAAGUUAUUGAAUAAAUUGAUAUCAAAAAUUAUUUCAUAGGUCAAUAACAAAAAGACUUUCUUAUGUUUCCUAGUGGACAAGUUAUAAAGGAGUAUCAAAUUUUUAAUGAACAAAUUCAAGAAUAUAUACCUUUAAAUUUUACUUUCAGAAUAAUUCCAUUAGACAAAGAGAAUAGUCAAAUUAAAGCAUUAGAUGGAAGUAAAUGUACAUUAAAAGGAAGGUAAAUUAUUAAUUAAAAGGAAGGAGAAUUUUAUGAAAAUUUUACCAGUCUGAAGGAAAUUGAAUUUAAUUAUACUAGUUAGGAUUAUAAUUUAGAUUCUAUGAUUAUUAAUUUUGAUCCUGAUUAUUCAAAAUAAGAUUAUUUACAAUUGGAGAUUAUGUGUGAUUCAGUGAAAAUUCCAAUUUUUGAUGAUCAACCUCCUUAUUUACUAAAAAAUUAUUUCACCAAUUAUAAAUUAAGAGUAAAUUUAUAAACAUUUCCUUGUUAAAGGGGAGAAUACAAAACUUAAUAGGGAACAUGUAAAUUAUGUGAUCCUAAUGCUUAUUAAUAUAAUGUAAGAGCUGGUGAAUAAUGCAAAAUAAAAGAUUAAAUCAAAAUGGAAAAUGUUUCUUCAGCUAGAAUUAUGUUGAGACCUCAUUAUUGGAGACCAUAUGAGAGCAGUGAAAAUAUAGAAUAUUGUUUGAAUAUGCCUGAAAAUUGUUUAGGUGGAUGGAAUCCUGGUAAUGAAUUAUGCUCAGAAGCACAUGUUGGAGCAUUAUGUGAGCAAUGUGAUAUUUAUAAUAUAAGAGGUUAAGGAUCUUUUUCUGUAAGUACAAUUUAUAAAUGUGGAAGUUGUGAAAACAUAGGAGAUAAUGCUACAAAAAUUGUUCUAAUUAGUAUUUGGACUAUGAUCUCAAUAUUUUUAUCUGUAAAAGGAACAAUAGAGACAAUUAAUAAAGUAAUAAUUUAAUAGAAAAGGAUUAUAUUAAAAAUAGCUACACCUGACCCUAGAGCUGGGUAAGGAAAUGUGUUAAUCAAAGUAUUAACAAAUUAUUUUUAAAUCAUAGGAGUUAUCUCAACAUUCUAAUUAUAAAUGCCAAGUGUAUUAUAAUCAUCUGUUAGAUCGGUAGGUAAUCCAAUAGAAACAAUGAAUUUAUCUUUAGAUUGUUUUUUAGUAGAUAUGACAAAUAUCAAUAUUAUUUAUUUCAGAAUGAUUUGGGCAUUGAUAAUACCUUUAAUUUACAUUAUAAUCUUUAUUAUUUUUUACGUAUUAGCUGUUAGUAUUAAUUUAACUAAAUUUAAUAAGAGUGCAUUUACUACAACUGCUAUAUAUUUAUUCACUUAUUUGUAACCAAAUUUAUUAGGAGGAUUUAUAUCUUUAUUAUCCUUUAGAUAAAUAUCAAAUUAUUAUUGGAUUCAGGGGAAUGUUGCCUAUAGAUAUGAUACUUAUGAUCAUUUCCAUUGGAUUUUAACCUUAAUUUUACCAGCUACUUUAACUUUAGGUUUGAUCAUUCCUGCUUACAUGUUUAUUAGCUUAUAUUUAUAAAGGCAUAAAUUAGAAGAUGAAAAAACAAGAAAAAAUUGGGGAUAUUUAUAUAAUGAGUAUUCAAGGAAUGCUUAUUUUUGGGAAAUAAUAAAAAUUCUUUAAAAAGGAUUCAUAAUUAUUUUUUUGACAUUUUAUGAAGAUUUAAUAAUUAUUAAAGGAGCUUUGGUUUUUAUAAUUGUCUUCAUAUAUUAAUUGUUAACAAAAAAGUAUCGUCCAUAUUUAUUUAUCUAAUUAAACAUUAUUGAUGAAUUUAGUACACUUAUUUGUGGUACUUCCAUAGUAUUAUCAAUCACAAUUUAUUAAGCUGAUUUAUCAAACAAUCAAGAGAUAAUAUUGCCUUUUUAUAUAUUUCUUAUUGGCUUAAAUGCAAUAUUUAUUAUAUAUAUAUUAUGGGGAAUAUUAUUGGCUUAAUUAGAAAAUUAAUAACAAAAUCUAGAUAACAUAAGGGAUAAAAUUAAUAAAAGAUUUCCAAAUUUAAUUAAGUCUAAUUAUAUUAUAAAGAGGCUAUUAACAAAUAGAGAAUAAUAAAAAGAAAGAAUUCAUGUUAGAUUUUAAAAGAUAAAGAAAUAUUUGCUAAAUAUUGUUCACUCUCAUCCAGGAUUUUAUUCAAUUCACACUUAAAAUGAUAGUUGUCCAGAGAAACCAAAAACAGAGGGUUCAUUAAGAAUUGUAGAUUAAUUUCAUAAAAUUAUAAAUUUUAAUGAAAAACCAAAAACUAAUAAUAAAGUAUAUCCAAUUGAUUUUAAUGUUAAAUCAAAAGAAAUUUCUAAAGAUAAGGAAAAAAAAGAUGAUUAGAAGAUUAAAAUAUGA